AACCCGGGGACACCUGUAGAAUUAGAACUCGAGGCCGACUCCCGGCCCCCGAAGAGUCUUUCCUCGAAUGGGAAACUCUCUACCUAUCGAGGCAACCCUAGCUCUCCCGCACAGCUGUCUGGCCAGUCCGAGGACCGGCAGCUGGAGUGUAAGGACCUGGGUUUGAAUCCUGCCCUGACCCCUGCGCCUUCGGGGAGUUGAGCCUGUUUUCUUAUUUCUAAAACGUAGAGGUCAGACUAAAUCAGCAAGCAUUUAUUAAGCGCCGACUGUGCCAGGCACUGCAGGGGAUACAGAGAGGGCAAAAACGGGGUCCCUGCCCUCAGGGAGCCCCCGGUCUGACCGGAGAGCACCCUGAGUGCGUGCGCACCAGAUGGAGGCGGGCUGGGGAAGGAAAGGAAAGGAGCAUCUAUGCACGGCCUGCUGUGGGCCCGGGUUUAGAAGAGGGUUGGGCCAGAAGCAGAGGCCCUCGGCGAGGAUGACACAUGAAAACAGUUUUAGAGGAACUUUUAAAGGGCGUCUUUCCUACAGGAGGAAACGGAGGCUCAGGAUCACUCUCAGGUGCCCAGGGAAGCCCCAGGAGGUUUUGUCUGCAGUGUUUCUCACUGAUUUUCCUGAAGGCCCUUACGUCCUCCUUCCAGGCCUCUAUUUUAGAAGCUUAACUCUGCAUUUAUUGAUGCAUUUUCAGGGCAUGGGGCUUGGCUCUGCCCGAAUCCACUCUGCCUGGGGAGCUCAGAGGCAGGGGGGAUAAAACACAGCUACACUUAACAAGGGAGCGCACGGUGGGCUUGGAUCUUCAGGCCCUGCUGGGAGCCAAGAGGCUGCUGGACUCUGGUCUCCCAGACAGAUGUCCCCAGUAUGGGGAAAAUGGCAGCUGUCAACAGGAAAUCACAAGUUCAAGAAAUAGAGGUGGGAAACUGGGCUAUUUAAGAGAAGUGAAGGUGCGGGUAGAACCCCCCUGAAACCCGAAUGGAAGUUCUUGUCCAUUUACUCUCUCAUUCUCUUAUCCUGGAAACAUUUACGAGGCCUAUGAUGUGAAAAGCAUUGUUCUAGGGGGUGGGGGGCAGGGAGGAAGGGGAAGGCUGGAGAGAAGGUACCUUUCUCCCCGUGGAGCCCCAAAUGUCUCGGGAGGGCUGUCCCUGCCCUCGCCCCUGCCCUCAGGGAUACCCCAUCCUCUAGAAUGUUCAGAUUCUGGAACCUGGCAACCUUGAGGAGCAAUAAUGCUGGGUUCUGAUCUUGUUGGAGGAGGGCGGGACAGAGGCCCUUCCCUUGGAGAGCCUCCUGAGGCUCGCCCAGCACCACCAGCCCUCUGCCCUUAUGGACUCCCGAGGAGAACGGCUGAGCAUCCCUGGUGGAAGAAGGUUCGAAGGGAAGAGCAGGCUCAGGAGUGGGUGGAGGUGAUGCAGGCGGCCACCUUCACCUACAGCCCCCUCCUCUACUGGAUCAACAAGCGUCGGCAGUACGGCAUGAACACCGGAGUCAAGGUGGACCUUCCAGUGUCCAGCCCCAAGCCAGAGGUCCCCAAGCCCCUGACUAGCAUCCCGGAAGGAAAGAGUGACGCGCCCCAAGCCAGAUUCCUCAUGUGCCCGGCCUCUGCGCCACCCUUGGUCUGCUACCCCACCCCAGCGCCCCACAACCCCGUCUUUCAGGAGGUGGCCUUUGCCCCUUCUCUGGGCAACGUGCCCCCCAUGGUGAACCACUCGGCCUCUUACCCUUUCGCCGCUUGCCCUCAGAGGAGUGUCCAGUUUCAUUCUCUGCCAGCUCUGGCCCGUCGGGACUAUUGCUUCAACCCUAAGGGCCUGGCCUAUGAGCUAUGAUGUAGGCAUGGGGAGGGGUGUGGGGCAGGGGACCUGGAGGGCCUGCUUUGGACUCACACCCAUGCGACGAUCUUUUUUCUUAAAGUUCGUGGCUUCUGUCUUCUCAAUCGCCUUAGUUGCCCAUCCCCAGCCAAAUCACCUUUGGCAAACAAGUCUGAUAUUAGACUUUUAAAAUAAAUGUUAAAAACAAA